GUUCACUAAUGUAAAGGCAGCAAUAGGAAUCCAGUCUAUAAUAACGCUUAGGGUUUGUGUAAUAAUAUCACAAGAAUCAUCCCAAUACCCUCGAAUUGAAACCUCUUAAGGAAUACAAGACAUAAUAGAACUAAAAGUAAAUUGUAAUGUUUAUACUUAAUAGGAAGCCUAAAGAACUGGAAGAAUAACCAAAGUCAUCAUUAAUGGACAAUUUAAAUAGAAUUAACAAUCUCUACAAAGCAGUAUCUCAACCUCGAAUUGACGCCAAAGAAAUCAACCCACCUCAAUACUUCUACAAUUAUAAAUAAGGGUAAUAGAAACCAGUACCAACUACUGCUAAGGCUAUAAAAGAGAACCAGAUUAUUAAGACCUUUUUGAACAGUAAUGAACUCUCAUUGAAAGACUAUGACUUGUAACCUACAAAAGGAAAUGCAUUUACUGCAAAGUCAGCUUCUCCAAUCAAUUUCAGCGUCAAUAAAAGCCCAUUGAACAAAGUCGCUCGAACUGACUCGGUUUUAGGCAAUAAAAAAACAAAUGAACCAGUUGUAACAUUUUUAAAAGGUGUAUAUUGAUCGUAGUANUAAAGAAGAAAAAGUGGUUCGGAACAACUAUCCUAAAAGUAGGUAAAACACAUGUACUAUGAAAUAAUAGCUACAUCUAGACUAUUAGUAUCCUAAGACAACCGUUAAACACUAGGAAGUUAUAACCAACGAGCUACAAAGGACUAAGGAACGAAAACGGACUGUAUUAAAGAGAAUGUCUAGCAUUCUCCUCAAACACCAAACCACGAUUCGUAAUAUUAAUAACCAAGGGAAUUAGAGAGAGAGCGAAGUCUAGUUACUCAUACUUUAAUAACAAUAAUAAGGAAAUGAUGAACCCAAUGUUCCUUAAUCUCAAGAAGUGAAAAAACAAAAACUAAGAUCUUUUGUCUUAGAACCUGAACAAUCUAAAGUAGUCUUAAAUGUUUCUCGAAAAUCCAAAAAGCCAUUCGCUUCUAUCUAAACUUACAUAAACGAAAAAGCAACAAUGUAAGCCAAAGAACAAACAAUGAAUCCUAAUAAUAUUGUGAAUUAAACAAAUCCAUUCAUGACCUACACAGGUUUUCAGAGUCUCACUGAAAUGAAUGGAUUAAUCUAAAAUAAAUCCCUAAUUAAUUUAGGAAGGUUUCAAGUAAUCAAGCCUACAUAUCCUCUACCAAAAAUAAAAAUGAUUUGUUCAGCCAGGAAUAAUUGCUCGCUGCUUGACACAAAUUUCCUAAAACAAAAGAAACCGAAUAUUAUUUCUGGAAACCUGUAGAGGAAAUAGAGGAUUUCAACAAAUUCAUGA